GCGCCGUCUGUGUACCACGUGCUGCACAAGGCCAACGCACCGGUUGUUUUGUGAUUAGUGGUAGGGUAGGGCGUCAUUCUGUUUGUUGGCGCUUCCAAUGCGCAUGGAAGAAGAAGCAUGGCCGAGGAAUUAAUGUUUUUAUAUAGUAAUUCAUCUAUAAUGAUUUUGUCCGCACUUCUUGGCAUAUUGAUAUUGCUGGGAGUUCUUGUCUUCGGGCAGCGGAAACAUAGCAAGAACGACCAGACCACUACAAUCGUCAAAGAAGAGAUAAUCGCACGGAAGGAAGUAAGGGUUGCGGGCAAGAAGAAGCAAAAGGUGCAGGAGAAGAAGAAAGAGGUGAAAAGUCAGUAUGUUCACCCCUGGCUGGUAGCAACUCUCAAAGGGCACACAGGCACUAUUCUGGACUUGGAUUUCAGCGUCAAUGGCAAAUACCUGGCUACAACUGCCGAUGGUGGUUUGCACCAUCGACUUAACGGCCAGAACCGCACCCCCAAGGAGAGUGUGAGUCCGCUGGAUGGGGCUUGGCGUCUGCCGCUGGGCCAGGCGGACCUGUACCACCAGCUUCUACGAUACGUCCUGUCUCCGCAAGAGCUGCGCAGCUGCGGCUACCCACGGCCCAACCCCGGCGAUCCAGGCCGUGCGAUGUGGGACCAACCCGAUGACGACAUAGAUCCUAAUAACCCGAGCCGCCGCACCUGCUGCCGCUGCGGAGAGCCCUUCACGAUGACUCCAGGCGGCGAGUACACCGCCAGCAGCCCCUGCGUGUAUCACCGGGGCAAGCGCGGCGGCCCGGGGGGCAAUUAUGGCUGCUGCGGCGGUGAAGACGGCUGCGUCCGCUCGGAGUACCACGUCUGUGCGCGCGGCGGGGACGACCCCGACGCCGAGCGGGGCUUCGUCCGCACCCGCUCGCGCCGCGGCUCCCUUCAGCACCAGGGCGGCAUCUACGCCCUGGACUGCGAGAUGUGCUUCACCAAGCGGGGCCUCGAGGUGGCGCGCGUCAGCGUCGUGGGCGCGGACGGCGCCACCGUGUACGAUUCGUACGUGCAGCCGGAGCACCCCGUGCUGGACUACAACACCGCGUUCAGCGGUGUGACGGAGGAGCACCUGAAAGGGGUGCGCACUACGCUGCAGGACGUGCAGGCUGUGCUGCUGCGCCUGUUCAGUGCCUCGACAGUUUUGGUGGGACACGGCCUGGAGAAUGACCUGAGGGCGUUGAAGCUGUUGCACUCGACGGUGGUGGACACGGCCGUGGUGUUUCCCCACCACCGGGGGCUUCCGUACCGACGGUCCCUGCGUUCGCUGGUGAGCGCCUACCUGUCGCGGGAGGUGCAGGAGGGGGCGCACGACAGCGUAGAAGAUGCGCGGGCCUGCAUGCAGCUGUUGCUCUGGAAGGCGAAUAAGGACCACAAGAUCAGGGAGCGGCGGAAUCGCGGCAGCGGCUGUCGCCUGCAGCCUUCCCUGUGAUCUUGCCACCACUGUGACUUUUGCCAGCCAAUUUUUUUUUAGCUCGCACGUGUGGACAGUCUUGUGGGGGCGAAAGUGGGGGAACGAGCUGUGUACGAAGCUAUUUAUUAUUUCCUCCAUAAUGGCUGAGUAGAAUAAGGAUUUUGCUGUGCUGACAGGGUAUUGCUCAGAAGUGUCGAUGGAUUAUUAUAGCCUCUCUACCAAAUGAUCCCAGGAUGAUAGAAGAAAAAAAAAAUAGCGAGGUUUCCCAACGCAUAUAACUAAGUUGGGAUGUGAUAACGUUUCCCAGCACUAGGGCACCAAUACUUAUGUUUCAUAAAGAAUGAAUGUGCUGUGGGAAUGUUCAGCAGAAAAGGAAGACAAAAAAAAAAAAAAACCAGUCCCUCUGUGCGGGACUUUGUACCUGAGGAUUGACCCGACAUUUUUCAUUCCCUUUGCAGGGAGUAAUGGUGGUUGUGAACGCGCACCUCUUUGGUCAUUUUGUGUGUGUGUGUGUGGAGAUAGGCAGCGUCGUGGAGGGAAAAUUCUGUGAUAGUAGUAGGGGGAUCACACGUACUGAGCAUCUUGUACAGCUUAUUUAUUUCUCAUGAGUCCCAUCGUCACAUGACAUUACAAUGCAUUGGGGUAGACGUUUUGUGUGUGUACACUUAAAAAAGGGCUCUGUGCACGGUUUUAAAGUGUUUUUAUUGCUUAUAGCAGACAAGCCUAUUUUGUACUUUUAUACUGUCAGUAAAAUUGUGUUCACACACUU